AUGCGGGCACUCAGCAUUGGCCUCGUGGCCCUAACCUGCGCCACGACGGCGCUGUGCGCAGCCGGAGCCCAGCGCCGGGCGCUGGAGGGGGGCAGCCGCCGGCGUUACCACCGGGUGCAGCAUGGCCAUUGCAGCUACACCUUCGUGCUGCCCGAGGCCGACCCGCCGCCCUGCCCGCCUGCCCCCGCCGUCCCCGGCCCCGCCAACGCGCUGCUGCAGCGAGACUCGCCGGACGGCACCACGCACGCCGGCCACGGGGCUGCCCAGCGCCUGCGGCACCUUGAGAGGAUCCUGGAGAACAGCACCCAGUGGCUGCUGAAGCUGGAGAGCUACAUCCAGACAAGCAUGAAGCCGGAGAUGGCUCAGCUGCGGCAGACGGCGGUGCAGAACCAGACCGCCACCAUGCUGGAGAUCGGCAGCACCCUCCUCAACCAGAGCGCCGAGCAGAGCCGCAAGCUCACCGACGUGGAGGCCCAGGUGCUGAACCAGACGUCGCGCAUCGAGAUGCAGCUGCAGGAGAACUCCCUGUCCACCACCAAGCUGGAGAAGCAGCUGCUGCUGCAGACGAACGAGAUCCACAAGCUGCAGAACAGGAACAACAUCCUGGAGGUGCGGGUGCUGGAGAUGGAGACGAAGCACGAGGAGGAGCUGGCGGGAGCCCGCUCGGAGAAGGAGAAGCUGCAGCGCCUGGUGAGCCGGCAAAGCGGCACCAUCGAGGAGCUGGAGAAGUCGCUGCUGGCCGCCAGCGUCAACACCAGCCUGCUCCAGCGCCAGCAGCUCCAGCUCCUCGAGUCGGUGCAGAGCCUGGUGCGCCUCGUCUCCCAGGGCAGAGCCCCGCUGCCUGGGCAGGAGCAGCUCUUCCAGGACUGCGCCGAGGUGCGCCGGGCGGGCAACCACGCCAGUGGGGUCUACACCCUCCACAUCGCCAACCUCAGCGAGCCCAAAAAGGCGUACUGUGACAUGGAGAUGGACCGAGGGGGCUGGACCGUCAUCCAGCUCCGCACCAACGGCAGCGUCAGCUUCCAGAGGAGCUGGAGGGAGUACAAGCAGGGCUUCGGGAACGCAGCGGGCGAGUACUGGCUGGGUAACGAGGCUGUGCACCUCCUGACGAGCCAGGUGCCCUACGUCCUGCGCAUCGAGCUGCAGGACUGGGAAGGCGGCCAGGUCUAUGCCCACUAUGGGAAAUUCCAGCUGGGGAGCGAGCGGCAGCUUUACAGGCUGUCGCUGCAGGACUACAGCGGCACGGCCGGGCAGCAGAGCGGCAUGGCACUGCAGGGCACCCGCUUCAGCACCCGCGACGCCGACAAUGACAACUGCCUCUGCAAGUGCGCCCAGAUGCUGUCGGGAGGCUGGUGGUUCGACGCCUGCGGCCUCUCCAACCUGAACGGCAUCUACUACCCGGCCCGGCACAACAUCCGCAAGCUCAACGGCAUCCGCUGGCACCACUUCCAGGGGCCCAGCUACUCCCUGAAGGGCACCCGCAUGCUGAUACGACCCGCCAGCUUCUAGCGUGUCGGCAGCCGGCGUGGCACCGCAACUGGUGCCAGCCUGGCACAGAGGGAGGGGGCCGGGAGAAGGGAUGGCUGGGGGAGACUGAGCCCUCCCGGCCACCGCAGGGAAGCUUUUCUCCCAGUUACUGGUUUUUUACUCUUUUUUAUCCCAUCCUCUGACAUCCUGUGCGUCGCGGAGAGGGGCUGAGCCUCCAGCUCCCCACGGCACCUCCGUCACCCAGGGAUGCGGGUCCAAGACCCCCCCGGAACCCCCUGCACGGGGUAGCAGGAGCAGGGGGAGUCUUUGGGAAACCUGAGGGGACCUGGGGGUCUGUCCCCAAGCUGGGAUGGACAGCUGGGGGCGGCAGCGCUGGCAGGGCCUUGGCAGAUCCCCGGGACGGGCAGGAUGGA